AUGACUCAGAAUUGUAGAGCACUGAAGCAACACCUGGAAGAUCUAGUAGCAGCUGGACACCUCCGAGACUACAUUGAUCAGGAUAAAGUAGUGGCCGAAUCGGGGAACCCACCACCAGAACCAAACAUCGAGCACCCACCUCGGCUGGUAAUAAAUGUCAUCCAUGGAACAAUGACCCAGGAGCGCGAAGAGGCACUAAAAGAAGAAAUUGCUAAGGCUGUGCAAAUUCAGCAGGUCAUGUCAGUAGAGCCCACAUCGAAAAAGGUACGUACAGUACCCAAAUCUCCCUUGUGCACUGUUUCGUUUACUAGAAAGGAUUUAGAAGGCAUACAACACCCACAUACUGAUGCACUGAUUAUAACUGUGAGAUUAGGGAAAAGGUUUGACGUAAAACGAGUCCUGGUAGAUCAAGGCAGUGCAGCAGAUAUAUUGUAUUAUGACUUGUUCAGAAAGCUUGGUCUCUCUGAACAGCACCUCACCCCAGCGGCAGCUCCAUUAGUCGGCUUCAAUUCACAGCGUGCACUGUUUGACGUAAAACGAGUCCUGGUAGAUCAAGGCAGUGCAGCAAAUAUAUUGUAUUAUGACUUGUUCAGAAAGCUUGGUCUCUCUGAACAGCACCUCACCCCAGCGGCAGCUCCAUUAGUCGGCUUCAAUUCACAGCUAGAAUGGCCACUCGGCAGAAUAGUGUUGCCAGUUGUGGCAGGAAUGAAGACCCUCCAGAUAGAGUUUUUAGUUAUUAAUACACCUUCUCCUUACAACGCCAUACUUGACCGUCUAUGGAUUCACCAAAUGGAGACAGUGGAAGCGGCCUCACAGCUAGUCUUAGAAGAUGUAGGAAGAGCAGAGGAAAAGAUGGUAGAGGAUUUGGAGAAAGUCCUGGUAAAAGAGGAUGAUCUAGAAAAGUACUUCCUUAUCAGGUUGAACCCAGAAUUUGCUUGCCGCGAACUCAACAUCAAUCCCUCCGCUCGGCCUGUCGUGCAGAAAAGUCGGAGAUCCUCAGUUAAGCACACUGAAGCGGUAAUUGCCGAAGUCGAAAAGCUCCUAGCAUCAGGAGCGAUUAGAGAAGUUCAAUACCUACAAUGUUUUCCUUUACCUCGCAUCGAUCAAAUAGUGGAUUCAACAGCAGGUCAUGAGCGUAUGAGCUUUCUGGAUGCUUAUAGCGGUUAUCACCAAAUACCACUGUUCGACCCAGAUCAGGAGAAGACAGCGUUUAUCACUCCAGGGGGCACUUAUUGCUACAAAGUAAUGCCGUUCGGCCUCAAGAAUGCCGGGGCAACCUACCAGCGAAUGAUCACUCAAAUAUUCAAGGAUCAACUUGGAAAAACCAUGGAAUCUUAUAUAGAUAAUAUGGUAGUAAAAAGCAAGCUCGCUACAAACCACCUCGUAGACUUAAGAGAAGUUUUUGACAUCCUGAAAAACUAUCAGCUUCGCCUUAAUGCCUCAAAAUGCGCUUUCGAGGUAGGAACAGGGAAGUUCUUGGGAUACAUGGUCACUCAUAGAGGAAUCGAGGCAAAUCCGGACCAAAUCAAAGAAAUACAACAUCUUGAAGUACCAACAAAGGCUAAAGAGCUACAGAAGUUGGCCGGAAUGGCGGUUGCCCUGAAUCGGUUCAUCAGCAAGUCUUCAGAUCGGAUGAAGCCCUUCUUCCAGCUACUGAGAAAAAAGGCAGCAUUUGAAUGGAGUCCUGAAUGUACCGAAGCAUUGCAAAGUCUCAAAAGAUACCUCAGUACACCACCUCAUCUGUCCACUCCAGAACCAGGGGAGGAACUGUGCUUAUAUCUGGCAGUCUCAGACCACGCCGUAAGCGCGGUAUUGAUUCGAGAAUUUAACAAGAAACAGAGGCCAGGGCAUACUAUCAAUGUCCUCACUGAAUUCCUUCUCAGAUCUAACUUCAGUCGAGCUGAUUUCUCUGGCCGAACAACAAAAUGGGCGGUAGAGCUUGGUGAGUUUGACAUUCGAUAUCAACCCAGGACAGGAAUCAAGGCCCAGGUCUUGGCAGAUUUCAUCGCAGAAUUCGCUCCCACCCAGAGUACUGAGCCUGAGAACUCUGGUUCGCUCUAUGUCGAUGGAUCAUCCAAUAACCGAGGUUCGGGAGCAAGGGUAGUACUUAUGUCACCAGAAGGGUUUAUUUGGGAGCAAGCUCUAAGUCUCGGCUGGAAAGCUUCAAAUAAUGAGGCGGAACACGAAGCGCUGUUGGCUGGUUUACACAGUGCCGAACACUUCAGUGCAGAGCAACUUAUUGUUUUCAGCGAUUCGCAAUUGGUGGUAAACCAGCUUUCUGGGGUCUAUGAAGCACGAGACGAACGAAUGACUAUGUAUGCAGGCAAGGCCAAGGAUCUACUCAAAAAAUUUCGAUCCAUACGAGUGGAACGGAUUAGUCGGGACAAAAACAGCCAUGCCGAUGCUCUGGCCUACCUCGGCUUAUCAGUAGAUACCAAAGACGCUAGAAAAGUUUGGGUUGAGUUCGUGCCAGAACCCAGUAUUGUAUCUCCAGUCCUCUACAGCAACCUAGAGCCAAGCUGGAUGGAUCCGAUACUUGCUUUUCUAAAAGCUGACACUCUCCUCAAAGAUAAAAAGGAAGCUAACAAAAUCCGACAUAGGUCAGCUCAGUUCUGGGUCUCACCAUCUGGGAAGCUAUACAAACGUUCCUAUCUCGGUCCUUACCUUUUAUGUGUGCAUCCAAAUCUGGUUGAAAAUGUUCUCUAUGAAAUUCAUGAUGGAAUUUGUGGAUGCCACCCAGCCAAAACUCUCACCCCACUCACCAACCCAUGGCCUUUUGCCCAAUGGGGUCUGGAUAUUGUCGGACCAUUGGCACGAGACACUGGGAACAGGCGAUUCUUCAUCGCUGCAACCGACUAUUUCACUAAGUGGGUUGAAGUCGAAGCCCUGGCAAGUAUCAAAGAAGCAGACACAAAGUGGUUUGUCAUGAGGAACGUUGUGGUCCGUUUUGGCAUCCCGCGGGUACUGAUUGUAGAUAAUGGAACAUAG